AUGAUUGCCCCAUCCUUCUUCCCUUUAUACAAGUUUCUUGAUAAUUUCAGCAUGGCAACUUCGACCUCGCCAACCUCGGAGCCUGCCACCACCACCCCCAGUGGUGAAACAACCAAAAACGAGCAAACCUACCCCUGCUCCUGCCACUGCGGCUCGAUAACCUUUACCGUGACCCUCUCCCCCCCGCUGGCAGAGCAGACAGUGAUGGAAUGUAACUGCUCGAUUUGUCGACGGGUUGGGUAUCUGCUUGUUUGUACGUCUCACUCCCCUCAUCCCACCCCUUUCCCCCGUCAUAGUCUGCUGAUAUCAACAGUCCCCCCCAAAGAAGCAGUCGUGUUUUCCGAAGACAGCCUCCCCCGCCUCUCCCGCUACCAGUUCAACACCAAACAAAUCGACCACCUCUUCUGCGGUAACUGCGGCUCCAGCCUGGGCAUCGACUUUCGCGAGUUUCGGCAGAAGGGGUAUGGGAUCAGCGUGAGGACGUUCAACGAUGUCGACCUGGAAGGGCUGAAGUACAAAAAGGGGGAUGGAAAGGCCAAGCUCCCUCCUUAUAGUGAUUUAUCCGGGGUGCAGUGGGCUUUGGACCACCCUGCUGGCGAGAACGAGCGGAAGGAAAAGGCUAUGUAG